GACUUCUCCGCCCUGGCGAUUUUCCCAUGGCUCCCUCCCCACACCAUCGAUGCUCAUUCCCAAGUCAAUUGUCGAGUCGCUCGAACGUUGUAGUAGAUGACUACGGCUAGGUGGCAGGAUGCGCUGUUGCAAGGCCUGAAAUCGCGCCAUGAAGUUCGCAAAGGAAUUGGAGGAAGAAGCUGUGCCGGAAUGGAAAGCCAAAUACUUGAAUUACAAGCUGGGAAAGAAGAAGAUCAAAGCCAUCUCGAAGGCACUCAAGAACCUGCAGAAAACUCCCGGCACUGAACCUCGUUCUGCCACUCUUGACGCUUUCUCCGACCAACGCACCCCGUUCACGCACUAUGACUUCAACCUUCACCGGCCUCCCACUGCAAGGUCGACCCAAUCAUUGCCGGAGAUAGAAGAGGUCGCCCCAGACGAAGAUGAAGAGCCGGGAUACAGACCCCCGAUACCUCAGCGCGAAAGCCAUACCCUGUUCGCAGCGUCUCCGCCCAUAUACAUUCCCGGGGCCCACGAGGAGAAUGCAGAGACACCGCCAGAGAGUACGCCGCUCUAUCCUGGUCAGUCGACGCGGGUGAUGAACUAUGGCUCCAUUGUAGGCACACCUCCAGAUGAGACACCAGGCAUGAUGGCUGCUCUUGAACUCCCAGACCCCGCAUUGACGCCUGCGCGGUCGCGUCCGGCUGCAGAGAUGGAACCGAAAUCCCAGAACACGACCCUGCGACUUCCUCCGCCAGCCCAAGUGCCACCUGCGCCGGACCCGUAUCAUGUUGGUCAGACACAUCACCCGCCCCUCGCUAGACACAGCUUUGCGGGAAGCCUGGCAAAGGCCAUGUUCAAAGGCCGACAGGCCGUUAAAAGUCAGUCCAUCCCCGGACCACCGUCUAGGAUGAACUCCCUGUCGGCGUCGCAAAGAUUCCGCAAGAUGUUCGCUCCUCGCGAUCUAACCGAGGCCACCGUGAACGACAUGCAGCUCUCGGCGUAUCAAGAGCUCGAUGAGAAGCAGGCCGACUUCUUCACAUUCUUGGACAAGGAACUGAUGAAGAUCGAGGAGUUCUACAAGACAAAGGAAGACGAGGCCACCGAACGUCUACAGGUGCUUCGGGCGCAACUCCACGAGAUGAGAGAUAGAAGGAUAGCGGAAAUCUUGACCGCGAAGCGUUUACCGGGUGGCGCCCAACAGCCGCAUCUAGACGAUAUACGACAGAAAUCUGCCGGUGCUCUCAAGGAGAAUGUCAAGCCCAAUGGAAGUGGCAGCCACCUACUUCCGAAACCAAUAGGAGAUGUCAUGGGACGCCGCUCUACAAUUGGUAAAACCAGUCAAGCCAUGGCACAAAUGAGUUCCCCUCCCGGGCCCCAAGCACAAAAGAGGAUCAACGAGGCAAAGAAAGAUUACGUGCGCCGCGACCACGGUAGCGAAAUCAAGUAUCCGGUCGCGAAGAAAAGGCUGAAGCUCGCGUUGCAGGAAUUCUACCGUGGACUGGAAUUGCUCAAAUCUUAUGCCCUCUUGAACAAAACGGGCUUCCGUAAGAUCAACAAAAAGUACGACAAGGCGGUCCAAGCAAGGCCUCCUCUGCGAUAUAUGACCGAAAAGGUCAACAACGCCUAUUUCGUCACGAGCGACGUCGUUGACAAUCACCUGAUCGCUAUCGAAGAUCUAUACGCUCGGUACUUUGAGCGCGGGAACCACAAGGUCGCCGUUAAGAAACUGCGAUCCAAGGUCGGCACGGGAGAUCAAUCGGCAGUGGCUUUCCGCAAUGGCCUUUAUGUGGCAGCCGGCUGCUGUUUUGGAGUGGCCGGUCUUGUCGACGCCGCGUUUCGACUGAAUGUUCCGAGGAUGAAGGUGCAGACGAGUUACCUCCUGCAGUUGUAUGCUGGAUACUUUCUCAUUGUUAUUCUAUUCUUGAUGUUUGUUCUGGACUGCAGGAUGUGGAACAAAAACCACAUCAACUACGUCUUCAUUUUCGAGUACGACACCAGACACGUGCUGGACUGGCGACAACUGGCGGAAUUGCCCUGCUUUUUCCUCUUCCUGAAUGGUCUAUUCAUCUACCUCAACUUCCGGCAGAACUCUUAUGACUGGUUCUACAUCUAUUGGCCGCUGAUCCUAGUCAUCCUGACCGUGGUCAUCAUCUUCUUACCCUUUCCCAUUUUAUAUCCACACGCAAGGAAAUGGUGGGCCGUCACAAACCUGAGGCUUGCCUGCGCACCAUUCUACCCAGUCGAGUUCCGAGACUUCUACCUGGGCGAUAUGUACUGUUCACAAACCUACGCCAUGGGGCAGAUAGAACUCUUUUUCUGUCUCUACGUCAACGAUUGGAACAACCCUCCACAAUGCAACUCCAAUCACUCACGCUUACUGGGUUUCUUCGCCGCUCUUCCUGCGGUUUGGCGAGCACUGCAAUGUCUGCGUCGUUACUAUGACUCCCGGAACUGGUUCCCUCAUCUCGCCAAUUGUCUCAAAUACUGCGGCAACAUCGCUUAUUACGCUACGCUGUCCAUCUACCGGAUCGACAUGACUCACACAAAUUGGGCCAUCUUUGUCACAUUCGCGCUCGUGAAUGGAGUAUAUUGCUCCUUCUGGGAUGUGUUCAUGGACUGGAGCUUGGGCGAUUUUUUCGUUCAGAAGUACCCUUUUCUCCGGGAGCGGCUCGCCUACAAGCAAGUCUGGAUCUAUUACUGUGCGAUAGUGGCAGAUGUAUUGCUUCGACAGCAGUGGGUGUUUUAUGCGAUCUUUACAUCCGACGUACAGCAUUCCGCGUUUAUGUCCUUCUUCGUCAGUCUGGCCGAGGUCAUCCGAAGGGGUAUGUGGUCCCUUUUCCGGGUCGAAAACGAACAUUGCAACAAUGUCGGGAAAUUCCGUGCUUCCCGAGAUAUUCCUUUACCCUACGACAUACCGGACUCACGUAUGGUGUCUCCUGUUCAGAAGCGCCAGACGCCAACCACUCCACCUCCCACAGAACCCGAAGAACAUGUUGCCACUGGCGUGGACCUAGAGAGCCUACCCUCGCUAGAUGCGUCGCUUCGUCAACGACGCCCUCCUGCCACGCCGCGGACCCCCGCCAUGCGGGCCCUGCAACGUGUGGGAACCAUCAUUGGAACUGCCCACGCGCAAGACUUCGAGAGACGCAGAAAGCCGCCGGAAGAUGAGAACGUUGGACCUGACGAUGAGGGAGAUGGAGGUCGCAGCAGCGAUGAAGACGACGAGGCGGAGGCAAGCGGAGGAGAAGAGGAGAUGGCGGAAUUGGAGAGACAAAGGGCGCAACAGACCACGGAACUUGCGGAGGCGAAUCGUUUCGUGGGCGAUGGGCUGAGGCGUGCUCGAUAGAAUCGACGGUACUCUACUGUUUACAGCACGGGGGUCAAAUGGGAAUUUGUGGUUGGACAGGUACAAGGUGAUGGAUCGCGAUGUAAACUGAGAUACGAGUCGUCAGAUUCGGUGCUUGAGAUGGCUCAAUGGCUUAAAAAGAGGAAGAGUCUUGGGAAAGGGAUUGAUAUAAGGCAUAGCUGCUACGUGAAGCCGAAUCCAACCGGUUGACAGGCUCUCAUUUCGAC